AUGCCGCUGAAGUUCUUGAAGAACAAGAUGGGAAAGGCCGAGAAGGCUGCCGUCCCCUACGGGCAGCCUGUUCACGGUCUGCACCUGUGUGAGCAACCAAAGAUGAGCAGACAGAAGAGUAGAUGUAACAUGCCGCUGACAAAGAUCGCCUCGGCGAGAAAGGUAGAGAGCUUCUGGCAAGAUUCGGUAUCGCCAGAAGUAAUUCAGAAGCAGGAGAAAAAGCCACUUAAAAACACAGAGAACUUCAGAAAUGCCAAGUCCAAGAAACCCAUCACCCUGACUGAAGCGAACCAAAAAGAAAAUUACGCUGGGGCAAAAUUCAGUGACCCACCGUCUCCUAGUGUCCUUCCGAAGCCGCCCAGCCACUGGGUGGGCGGCACAGCUGAACCGUCUGACCAAAACAGGGAGUUAAUGGCAGUCCAUUUGAAAACUCUCCUAAAAGUCCAAGCGUAGCUUCCAGUAUCUCUUGAGCAAUUUUCCAAGCAACUCCAUCCAGGAAACUCAAACAUGCCUUGUUGCAACAAAAAUUGCAAAAGACUGUCAAGUCUUAUAAUCACAUUAAAAAAAAAAAAAUCCUUGUAUUAUAUUUUUUAUGGUUGUGUAAAUAGUGUACAUCAUGUAUUAUGUGUAUAUUCUUGUUCAUACUUUGAGAGGUACAUUUUAGUUUUGUUAUGAAAGGAUGUAUUUUGCACUGCCUGAAUGGUAGAUGUCUUGUAUAUAAAACAUGGACAGUUCUUAAGUGUGUGCUUGACACAUGAAGACUUGACUUGAUUUGCACAAGGUAAUGAAAAUUUUGAAAGGAGAGUACAGCUUUCUGGUUUUAAGGUUCCAAAUCAAAUGUGAAUGUUCUAUUCAUGCACUACUGACAACAGUUUUACAUUCUGUGUCCCACAGAGGUCCCUUCCAACCCCGAACAUUCUGUGAUAAACUUAGAAUUUUCAUACAAAUGUGAAGUGUUGCUCUCUGCUCUGGAAACAGUAUCUGGAAUUCCUGUUUUGUCUGUUUGUUUUAAAAUUAACUGGAAUUUGAGUAAAAUUCCAACCCAUCAACUUGAGCACUGCUGAUUUCUUUAAAGAGAAAAAAAAAAAA